GUAAACACAGAAGCAGGAGAGUCCCAGCUGCUGGACUUUGGAGUCCAGCUGUUCUCCAGCUGUCCUCCAGCUGUCCCAGUCCGGGUCCGGGAGCCGCCAUUUGAGCCGCCUCAGUGAUUGUUUGUAAUGAGGGUACCAUGCUGACCCGGGACGGGCUGUGACCCGGCCCCAGCCCCGGGACCGGCUCCCCGGCGGGGACCGGCUCUCCCUCCGGUGAUUUACAGCGGGACUCGGCUCGUUAAUCACCGGCUGCUCGAGCUCGUGAGUCAGCAGCAGCGCGGAGAGGACCGGGACACCCCCGACCCGGAGCAGCACCGACCCCGCCCCGCCCCGCAACGCCGGGACGUCCAGCUGGAGAAGCCCCCCGGACCCCCGGACCCCCCCGGACCCGCUCGGAGCUGUUCGGAGCUGUUCGGUUCCACUCGGACUUCUCCGGACCCGCAGCCCAUGGCGUCCUUCAUCUGCAGCCUCCUCCUCCUCCUCCUCCUCAUGGGCGGGGCUUAUCCAGCUGUCAAUCAAUCCUCACACCUGACAGAGUCCCGGUGUGACGACUGGGGGGAGUCCCCGGCGGCGGCGGUCUCGGUUCUGGAGGGCGAGGUGGGCUGGCUCUUCUGCCCUCUGUUCUCUCACCCGUCAGUCUACAACUUCACCUCCACCCAGAGCGCCGGCCACAACCUGUUCUGGUACCGCCUGCCCGAGGGCCACGACCUGGAGCACCCCAUCGCCAAGAGUUCGCGCCUCAUUAAAGACAAAGAGACGCUGUGGCUGCAGCCGGCUCAAUUCAACGACAGCGGACAGUACAUCUGCAUGCUGAGGAACAAGUCGUCGUGCAGUAAGAUGGCCAUGCGGCUGAGCGUGCUGCGGCCGGACGCCGUGCAGCGAGGCUCCUCCUGCGAGCCGCCGGUCGCCGUGGCGCCGAUCCAGACCAUCAUCCCGCUGCAGGAGGGCGUCACGCUGGACUGCCCCGACCUGCGGGACGCCGCCAAGAUGGCCGACAGCCCGCCCAACGUCACCUGGUACCACGUCAAACGAGCCCAGUCGCGCUGCAGGCAGUAUCCGUUCGGCAACAGCGACCGGCAGCAGGAAGGCAGCAGCCUCCGUUUCUACCGGAUGCUGGCGUUGUAUCAGGGCCUGUACUUCUGCACCGCGCAGCUGCAGAGGGGGCGACACACACUCCGCUUCACCAGGAGCAUCAACGUCACCGCAGUCUAUCCCCAGACGCUGUCUAAAGAGCCCAGCGUCCUGCGGCCGGCUCUGGGCGAGCCGAUCCCCGUGACAACAGACUCUGAGGUGCAUCUGGUCUGCAGGGGUCUCUUCCCGGUGAUCCUCCAGAGUCCCUGGAUGGACAUCUGGUGGACGGUUGACGGGAUGACGCUGGACAAGCUGCCAGACCAUCAACGCUUCACCCAGACCGUCAGUCAGGUGGAGUACGACUUCGGAGACCUGACGAUGGAGAACGUCCUGCAGGUCCAGCGCUUCUCCUCCAGAGACCUGGACCGCGAGUUCAACUGCUCCGUGAGGAACGCCAGAGGCUUCGAGAGCCGCAGAGCACAGCUGCAGGAGGAGGGGUCCCUGCCCUCCGUGGAGCUGGGCUGUGGUCUGGGAGUGACCCUGGUCUUCAUGCUGCUGCUCUUCGUCGUCUAUCACGUCUUCUGGCUGGAGCUGCUGCUGCUCUAUCGCUCCUGGUUCGGCUCGGACGAGCGGCACACAGACGAUAAGGAGUACGAUGUUUACAUCUCGUACGCGAGGAACAGUGAAGAGGAACACUUUGUUCUGUCGACCCUCCGAUCGGUUCUGGAGAACGAACUCGGAUACUCAGUGUGCAUCUUCGACAGAGACAGUCUGCCUGGAGGGACCAUCACCGAUGAGACUCUGGGUUUCGUGGCUCGCAGCCGGCGCCUCCUGGUGGUGAUCAGCCCCGGCUACGCCUCGCAGGGGUCGCAGGCGCUGCUGGAGCUGAAGGCGGGGCUGGACGGCAUGGCGCUGGGCGGACACCUGCGGGUCAUCCUGGUCCAGUACCGGCCGCUGCGGCGCCAGGUGUGGGUCCGGGAGCUGAGGCGGGCCCGGGUGGCUCUGGCCCUGGUCCGGUGGCGGGGCGACGAGUCCCGGGAAAUCACGUCCCGCUUCUGGAAGAGGCUGCGGGUGGAGUUACCCCUGAGGGAGCGGGGCGGCCGGGGGCGGGAGGACGGGGGCAACAAGACGCUGAUGCUGAGGCUGCUGAGUCAGAACAGCACCAACUCCCAAACGGGCCUGAUCAGCAACACGCAGAAGGAGCCCAGCCAGGUGCUCAACUGCGCCAUCUAGCCCGGACGGACGCUGCAGCAGCUAGCAGCAUUCCCAGCUCUGUAUAUAGACCACACAGUUAGCGAGAUGCAGCAGCAGUUAGCACCAUGCGGCAGUGGCUAGCAUCAUUCCCAGCUCUGUAUAUAGACCACACAGUUAGCACCAUGCUGCAGCAGUUAGCAUCCUGCUGCAGCCAUUAGCAUCAUUCCCAGCUCUAAUAAUAGACCACACAGUUAGCGCCAUGGGGCAGCAGUUAGCACCAUGCGACAGUGGCUAGUAUCAUUCCCAGCUCUAAUAAUAGACCACACAGUUAGCGCCAUGCGGCAGCAGUUAGCAUGGUUAGCGCCAUGCGGCAGUACGCUGUUGCAUCUCAACAUUCUUCAGGUUCAGUCAAACGUUCUGUUGGAGAAGUGGUUUGAAUUUGCCACGUUUCGUCCUGCUGGCUGUUUUCCUGGAAAAGCCAGCUGACUCGAGUUUUAUUCAUCCUCCGGGAAUCAGAACCUUUCCUGACAUUUGCUGUUUUUGAGGUUCCCCGUGUCGGAUAUUUUUGUAAAUUGAAGCUUGCGCGUGCUUCAAGGUGUCGUCGUCUGAUAAUCCACAGCUCACAUUUCAAAAUGUCGCCGUCAUUCACAACUUUCAGUUUUCAUUUCUUCACAUUUGCCAUUCACAAAUCCAUUGAGUUUAAUUUGAAUCCAGUCUUGAUGACGGAGAACUGGACCUGCUCUGUGUCUCUCAGUUUACCAUGUUUGUUUUUAAAUAAAUCUAUUUUUCAUGGA